AUGGCAGCCUCUUCCUCCACCUUGUUCUCUGCCCCAGCCAUCUCUUCCACCAUCUCAAGGAGCCAUACUCACCAACUCUCACCAACCCAAAUCUCCUUCCAAGGCCUUAGACCCCUCACCAAGGCUGCCCCAAGCACCAAGCUGAGCUUCAGUGCACCAAACACCAAGAGAUCAAGUGGUGUUGUGAGAGCAGAGCUGAACCCGUCUUUGGUCAUAAGCCUGAGCACAGGGCUGUCACUCUUCUUGGGGAGGUUUGUGUUCUUCAACUUCCAGAGAGAGAAUGUGGCCAAGCAAGGCUUGCCUGAGCAGAAUGGAGUAACCCAUUUUGAGGCAGGAGACACCAGAGCCAAGGAGUAUGUGAGCCUCCUCAAAUCUAAUGACCCUGUUGGCUUCAACAUUGUAGAUGUUCUGGCUUGGGGCUCCAUUGGUCACAUAGUAGCUUACUACAUCUUGGCCACUUCUAGCAAUGGCUAUGAUCCCAAGUUCUUUGAAUGA